UUUCAUCGUCUACGGAAAUAUCGAUCAAACGAAACCUGGGAGACAAACGUUGGCACGGCGAGUUUCUUAUGUUUUCAACUAACGGUCACGGAGAAGUAGGUUUUCACGUAUUUUUGAUAACCUAAGGAUCCGCAGAAGCACGUCGCGCAAUUAUUCUUGGUAGAUAGAUAUUUUUCGUUAAGAUGGAGAGGGACUGUGACUUCCAGUUGAACUUGGCGGAGAACAAACUUUCGUCUGAAAGCAGGCUUGACGUGUCCGCCAGCAGCGUCUCUUUGUCUGAAACAGAGAUACCUAAGGAUUCGUCGGUGGACUUGGACAUUCUGACGACCUCGUUGCUCCAGAUUUCUACGAAGAUGGAAUUAGAGUUGCACAGAGACCGGUGCUCGUCUAUCCACUUAGAAUCUACCAGUGAAUCGAUACCUGAAGCAGACGACGAAGACAAACCCAGCUGGUUGUCGUAUUCGGACUGCGACGCGAUAUUAGACAUCACCAGUGAAAAUUUGUCUUACUACAAUUCCACGAAAGCGGAAAAGGACAGUGACAGCGAUUUAGACGACACUUUGCUCUUCUAUGACGCUGAGGACAACGAAACUUCGAGUAAGGAUGAGAGUACAAGAGACAAUUACUGCAAGAACUUGAGCUACGAACAGUAUACGGAACAAGUCUGUGAAAGCUUGGAUGACUUGGAUCAAACGACGGAAAAGGAUGUUUCGAUCGUCUCGAAACGUUCUACGACCAAGAUACUGAGUAUACAACCUGAAGACGCGGUCGAGAAUGAAGAUUAUCACGAGACAAUAAAGGAUCGUUGCUUUGGGAAUCGAAACGUGGAAGAUGUAGUUGGAGAUUCAGGUGAAGACAAUCCUGAAACAGAAAAUCUGUCAAAGACGGAUGGCGAAGAAGAUAACCAAAGACACCAAACCCAUGAGAUUGUAGUUAAAGAUAUUUUCAAGAUCACCGAACAAGACCAACAAUUGCACACUCUCUUCUCGAGCGACUUCGAAGUUGAAAUGGAGAGACUAAUUUAUUCUUCGUCCAACACAAACAUCUCCAGCUACAUCGAGUUCAGGGAGAGCAUCAAGGACCCGGUACUGGAAGCAGCUUUAACUCAAUCGAACUUGGGAGGGCUUUCUAUCCACGAAGUAGGCGAGAUGGAAGAAAUGUCAUCAGAAGAUCAAAAGUCAAAAGAAAAGGAAAAUUGUACAACAGAGAGCUGUUUAAAUGAAGAUGAAAAGCACGAAGAAACGAAACGAGUAGAAGUAAUUUGUACCGAAGACUACCUGGAGAGGUUGGCAGAGAUCACAGAACCGAACUGUCCCAGAUCGGAAGAAGAAGUUCGCGAAACGUUGAAGAAGAUCGCGGAAGGAAAGGCAAAGAUCGAGAGUAGAAAGAACGAAGCGUUGAAGAAUCUCUCCGAGGAGUUCAGCGAGGUGGAGAAACUCGUAGCUGAACAGAGGAUUUUCGAAGAAAGCUUUUCGCCCGAUGUUAAGUCCAUCGAUGACGAUAACAGUCAAUCUGAUGAAAGCGUGGACGAAAUAAAUAGGAAGAUCAACCACUUUGAAAUGCCUUUGACAAAGGAUGAGGUUGCUGAGAGUUUCAAGGUUAAAACUAUGCAGAAAGAUCUCGAGGAGGAGGAGCAACGUCGAACGGAGUCGUUGCAGGAAUGUCUGCAAGUGAUUCCGAAAAAAGGAGAAACCGACGAACCUAGACAAGAGAAAGUAAUAUUUGACGCUGGAACAACCGUGGAAGAAAAGGAAAGUAAAGAGAAAAGCGAAGUUGCUCGAAUUUUCACGGCGAUUUCUUCGGAAAUAGCCGAAGAGAAGGUGGAAUCCGACGCAAGAGUCGAUGAAUCGAUCCUAGAAGACACCGAUACUCCGAAACCAGCGGAAAGAGUGGUUAGUAGCAUCGUAGAGGACAUAAUCGCCGACACAGAAGACUCCUCGUUCUGGGAUCUGUGCAAAGAACCGGAGAGAACGUACAUCAAAGGGAAAGUGUACGAUUUUAGCCAGAAGAAACACGGCGUGAGAAUGACCGAGGCCUUCCUGAGUAAACACUGUAAAGUGAACAAGCUCUAUCAGACCCCGCACCUGAACGACGUCCUCUAUCUUCACUACAAAGGUUUCUCUUUCAUCGAGAACCUGGAGAAGUACACAGGCCUGAAGUGUCUAUGGCUGGAGAACAACGGGAUCCAGGAGAUCGCCAAUUUGGAGAAUCAAACCGAGCUGAGAUGCUUGUACCUUCACAACAACCUGAUCAACAAAAUCGAGAACCUCUCGCAUCUAACCAGACUGGAUACUCUGAACCUCUCGCACAACACCAUACGGAGGAUCGAGAAUCUCGACAGCUUGAAGUUCCUGAAUACUCUAAACCUGUCGCACAACUACCUACAAGAAACCGCCGACAUCGAGCACCUCCGAUUGCUGGACAGUCUCUCGAUACUGGAUAUUUCUCACAACAGGAUAGACACCGACCAAGUCGUUAAUGUGAGUCCGUUAUGUUUCCUUAAUCGUGUGCCUCUGGCGUCACUUCGACGGCUGCCUCGGGUGCUCGGGACGCCGAGUUAUGUAAUUUAA